UAAAACAAGUCUGUCCUCAGAGUCUGUCCUCUUCCUGUUGUAAACACGUCGCUUGGGUGGUGGCGUGUCUGACAGUUAUAAAUAAAUCAGAACAACUUAUUUUUCAUUUUUGAAAAACAUUUUUUUGCACACAGUGUAUCGCUAAGAAUGAAGAAGUUUUUCGACGACUUCAAGAAGGAUAUAAAAUUCAAGUCCGCAGGGCCAGGAAAGAAACUUACAGAUGACGGCAGCUCUAAACCUCAAGCCCCACAGGCUCCUCACGGAGCGCCCAGAAAAGCGGCCACUGAGGGCGCGCACAGAGCAGGGGCCGCGGCGCUCGCCAGGAUCGAGCAACAGCACCGGCCGAAGGUGCAAACGUCCCACGAUGCCAUAAGGAAUCAGGUGAAGCGAGAACUUGAAGCAGAGGUGGCUGCCACAGCGGCCAGUCUGAAGAACACUGAUGUCGAGGGGGCCUGUGUUCCACAAAAGGAUCCAUCUUGUUUCUCAGUGCCGGGAGUUUUCUUCAUCUGUCCUCUCACUGGAAAAACCUUAACAAAGACUGAAAAAGAGAUGCACAUAAAGGAAGCCAUUCUAAUGAGCUUCUCAGAGGAUGCGAUAGAGGCCUCCAUUAUGAUGAUUCACACCUUUAAUAAAGACAAAGAGAAAGUAAAGGCUGCCGUUGACGUCAUUAGCAAGUACAUCGAAAACAUCUGUAAGAAUCCGACUGAGGAAAAGUACAGGAAGAUCAAACUUAGCAACAAAGUGUUUCAGGAGAAGGUCAGUGGGAUUGAAGGAUCUCGCGAGUGUCUUCAGGCGUUGGGAUUUGAAAGCACCACAUUGCCGGUGGACAGCGAAGACACGACUGAGGAGUUCCUGGUGUUGCCGGCGCAGGAAUCAGAGGCUCUGGAGCAGAUGAAGGCUCAUUUGGAGCGGCUGCAGAAGGGCGAGCCGGUCAGAGCCAAGCUGGACCGUCAGCCGCAGGUCUUCAGACCCUCACAGCACGCCACACACUUCAAGCUUCCUCCAGACUUCUACAAUCUGACUGCGGAGGAACUGAAAAAAGAACAGCAACUGAAGAGUGAAGUCGUGGAGAGAAAUGCAAUGCUGCGAACGAAAGCCAUGCGUGAGAAAGAUGAGCAGAGGGAGAGAAGGAAGUACAACUAUGCGCUUCUGAGAGUGCGGUUACCGGAUGGAAAUAUACUCCAGGGCACUUUCCUGGCGUGGGAGAGGGUGGCAGCGUUGUACCAAUUUGUGCGUGAUUCUCUGGAGAACGGCUGGCAACCCUUUGAGCUGAUGGCACCCAGAGGACAAAAACUAAAGGAUGAUGAGGAAUUGGCUCUGAAUGAGUGCAACCUGGCCCCAGCAGCCGAGCUGACCUUUUCAUGGGACGCCGCAGUGCAGGCAGACAUCACUGCCGCUGGAGGAAAGACAGCUGUUCUGCUUAAAGCCGCACUGUCAGAGAACAUCAAGACCCUGAGCUGAACAUUUAGUCUCCCCAGUCACUGCUGUCCCCGCCUGCGCUCUCUCGCGAGUUUCUCCCAUCGUCCACCACCACAAUCCCACACGGUUUCACAGGAUGGGCCUGAUGCACUGAUUGUGUCCACAGCAUGUGCUAGGUGGAUUUAUAUGGUACUAAACGCAGGAGUUUUUCCUGUCAGUGAUGUUAUGAGGAGCGUUAGCACCUUAUGGGCCAAUUUCCCAACAAUGUCGUAUUUUAUAAUGCAUUGUUGCUUGAGGUAACAUGACCAGUUCGAUUGGAAAUGGUCUGUGAGAGGAUCUGUUGUAAUGUAAAGCACUUUUUAGCUACUGCUGAAAGAGAGAAAUCUUGAUGUACCAUGAAAUCUCAUUGUGGCAGAAGCACUGAUCUAACAUGAGCUCUACCAAGUUCUGUCUUUUGUGGUAUUAAU